ACUCGCCCCGGCUGCUUCCCGCUAUAAAGGCAGCCCCCCGCGCGCUCCGCUCCAGCUCGCCCCCUCCACGUCCACGCCAUCCUUCGUGCAGCCGUCUCCGGACCCCAGCCUCCGCUUCAGCUCGCCAUGGAUCCCAACUGCUCCUGCGCCGCGGGUGGAUCCUGCUCGUGUGCCGGCUCCUGCAAAUGCAAAGAGUGCAAAUGCACCUCCUGCAAGAAGAGCUGCUGCUCCUGCUGCCCCGUGGGCUGUGCCAAGUGCGCCCAGGGCUGCAUCUGCAAAGGGGCCUCCGACAAGUGCAGCUGCUGUGCCUGAAGGCAAAGAGAGCCUGCUCCCAGGUGUAAAUAGAGCAACGUGUACAAACCUGCAUUUUUUAAUACAACCUGACCCGUUUGUUACAUUCCUCUUUUUUUUGUUUUGUUUUUGUCCUAUAAAAUACAAGAAUGAUAAUAAAAGUGGUUGGCCUUA